AUGCGCCUCAGGGAAGUCAAUCAUUUGGAGCUCCCUCCAACCGCAGAUAUGCAUGUCCAUCUACGUGAUGGGCCCAUGAUGGAAUUGAUCACGCCUCAGAUUCGAAAAGGAGGUGCCGAUACUGUCUUUGUCAUGGUGAGCGAUGCAGAGACGAUUUCGUUCGCGCUCCCAAUCUGGUUCCGCCAAUUACAACAGUUUCACCCCUCAAUCACUCCUGAGGUCAUUGCUGAAGCGGCUGCUGCGGGUGUCACCGGCGUGAAGGUGUACCCUCAAGGCGUCACAACGAAUUCUGCUUCAGGAGUAGCAAAUCUAGAUGAUUUCUUCCCAGUGUUUGGAGCCAUGGAGAAGCACGAUCUCGUGCUCAAUAUUCAUGGAGAGGUUCCCGAUGUCAAUGUCAUGAAUGCCGAAGAGGCCUUCCUGCCAACUCUCACAAGGAUACAUGAGCAAUUCCCAGGCCUCAGGAUCAUUUUAGAACAUUGCUCCACAGCCGCUGCAGUGAAGGCCGUUCGUUCCUGUGGGCCGACGGUCGCAGCUACUAUCACCGCUCACCAUCUUUACUUGACAAUCGAUGAUACCGUCAACCCGCUUGCCUUCUGCAAACCGAUUGCAAAGACUCCCGAGGACAGAAAUGCCUUGCUUCAAGCCGCCUGUAGCGGUGACCCGAAAUUCUUCUUGCAACUAACCUCUUUGCGCAGUGGAAGUGAUAGUGCCCCACAUCCAAGCAGCUCCAAGCAAGGCGAAAAGCCAGCGGCCGGGGUAUACACUCAAUCCUUUGCAACCCAGUACGUUCUGAAAGCUUUUGAAGAUGCGAUGGAAACCGGCAUUAUAAGCGAUAGCGAUGUCACUCAGGAACGUCUGGAGAACUUCUUAAGCCGAUUCGGUAGGGCAUUCUACAAAUUACCCGAGAACGACGGCACAAAGAUUGUGCUUGAGAGGAAAGGCGAACUUAUUCCUAAAACCAUCCAAAGCGAGGACGGAAGUGUGGAGGUUGCUCUGUCCCGAGGUGGAGAAAGUGUGUUCAGUCUUCGGUGGUUGACACAGUAA